CAACAAGCACACAUGUUCACCCCUUUUCUAGCACACCUAUAGUUUGUUAAUAAGUCAAUAGCUAUGGCUGAGAGACAAGACCGUGAACAAGAGUACAUAUUCAGAAAUGUUGAACUCUUCAAGAAUGAUACCCUUGGUACUGGCUCCUACGGGGCAGUGUGUAAAGCCAAGUGUGACCAGCUACUCUGUGCUGCCAAGCUGCUCUAUCCAGUGCUCUUCCAAAUGAUUGUUCCAGAUCCUGGCAAAGAACAUAGACACCCCUUUAGAAGAUUUGAAACAGAGUGUGCAUUUCUGAGUCGUAUCAACCACCCUAACAUUGUACAGUACUUGGGGACCUAUCGCGAUCCCGAUACAAAUGCACCAGUUCUUCUCAUGGAGCUCAUGGACGAGAGUUUGACACACUUCCUGGAGUCAUCACCUGGAGACAUUCCCUACCACAUCCAAGUCAACCUCUCCUAUGACAUAGCUCAAGCACUUGCCUUUCUCCACUCCAAUGGGAUCAUCCAUCGCGACCUCUCUAGCAACAAUGUCCUACUCAUUGCAGGCACUCGAGCCAAAGUCACUGAUUUCGGAAUGUCCAAAUUCAGGGACAUAAACGUCACCCGACUAGCCACAAUGACCACAUGCCCGGGAACACCAGCCUUCAUGUCUCCCGAGGCACUAAAUGAACCACCAGUGUACACAGAGAAACUAGACAACUUCUCAUUCGGUGUGCUUCUAGUUCAGACCACAACUCGACAAUUUCCAAAGCCAACAGAUCGAUUUCAAAUAAGAGAACUGUUUGAUUUACGAUUUCCGAACCAAGCAAUUCGAGCCAACGUUCCAGUGCCUGAGAUAGAGAGAAGACAAGCUCACAUGAGCCUGAUUGAGCCCACCCACCCUCUACUGCCGAUUGCUCGUAACUGCCUCAAAGACAGAGAUGUUGAACGACCAUCUUCCCAACAGCUCUGCCAAACACUGGAUGCUCUCAAGAGGACACCACGGUACCAGGAAAGCUCCCAACAAGAAGACCUGCACCAGAUGCUCAUAGAGAAAGAUGAACAACUACAAGCAAAUCAACAGAUUAUAACCGAAAAAGAUGAGCAAAUACAAAUGAGCGAACAACAACUGCAAGAAAAUCAACAGCUUAUAACAGAAAAAGACACACAGCUACAAACAAAUCGAGAGACAAUAAUACAAAACAAUGAACAGUUACAAACAAAGGACAUUGAAAAUGGUCAACUCACUACGAGACUAGGCCAAGCAACACAAGAAACCCAAACCCUCCAGCAAGACAAAGCAACACUUCAAAAGGAAGCUGGAGCCAGAGAGACACAGCUGAGGAGACUCAACCAAGAGUUGCAAUCAAGUGAGAAGAACACUGCUGCCCUCCAACAAGACAAAGCAACACUUCAAAAGGAAGCUGGAGCCAGAGAGAGACAGCUGAGGAGACUCAACCAAGAGUUGCAAUCAAGUGAGGAGAACACUGCUGCCCUCCAACAAGCCAUAGAUCAACGAGACAGAGAAGUCACUGAACUGAGACAAGCUUUGGCAAGCAAGAACGAGGAAUCUCACGAUCUAUUGACUCGAAUGCAUCAAGUCGCACUGCAAGAUGAGCAAGCUACACCAAUGAAAUCUGUUAUAAUAGAGUCACUACCUGAUGCACCUGUUGAUAUUGGGUAUGGAUCAUCAUCAGGCGUGAUUGGAGACAAGGGAUACUUUAGUCCUUACGGAAGUAAUACUGUUUUUGAGUUCAGCAACAAUCAGUGGCACAAGUUACCACCUUGCCCUAACGUGUACUUCACUAUUGUCAGUGUUGAUGCAUGCUCACAACUGUGGGGGGAGGGUCAGACACACAAGUCUAUAGUAACAAACUCUACAGCUACAUUAACAACAAAUGGGCCGAAUACUUUCCUCCUAUGCUAACCAGACGGUGGAGUCCUGGAGCUGUGUACGCUAAAAACACACUUGUAGUGACUGGGGGAUGGCGUGAUUAUAAGAAUGUUAAUACAGUCGAAGUAUUAAACACUGCUAAUAUGCAAUGGUCUAUUGUUAGCUCAAUACCUGUGCGAACCGACAACCCAUCAACAACGAACUGUGGAGACUAUGUGUACAUAUACCCACGAACUGAGGAUGCUUAAGAGAAGUAUUCAGUGCACAAAUGCUCGUUAAGAAAACUAACUCAGUCCCAGCCAAGCUCAGCUAUAUGGCAGAAGAUUGCCCCUUUGCCAGUUAGCAACUCCACUCUUAUUACAAUCAAUGGCUACCUGCUGGCAGUGGGUGGGGUGGACUCCAAUAGAGAUAACACCAAGGACAUAAUUAUAUCAGUACAAUAUGGCAUCAUGGACUGUCGUUAGUCAAAUGUCAACACCUCGAUUAGCAUGCGUCACUGCUGCCCUCCCUGGGAACAAACUAAUGGUAGUGGGAGGAUUUGGUGCACCGACAAAAUGUGAAAUGUUUACUUUUAAGUAGUGUCUAAUUCUUUCGUGUUAUUGUAAUAUGCUGUAAAAUACUUUACAUUAUGUUGAAA